AUGUCCAAUGGUCCUCUUCCAUCUCAGCUAUGUUUGCUACCAGACUUAGCGUUGAAGAAGGAAGGCGACAAAGUUCGGUUUUGGGGUUGUGUGACUUCUUACUCUACGGUGGCUGGUGUUUUGACGCUACAGCAUCACCACCAGGCCCAGGACUCUCGGUGCGUCGUCGCCUUGGUGGACGUAACGUUGGCUUUACGGACCCUCAAGUCGGACCAGCUCCAAACUCAGCCAGCAAGAACGGACAAUGACGGUGUUAGGGGAGCAUGUUUCUCCACUUUGGACCUCUCGGGAAACAAAGCAUACGUUCAUGCUUUGAGGCUCAGCGAGAAAGAGUGCAAACCACCAUUGCCUGUCAAAGCCGUUGGGAUAGUCGCCUUGCUUUUCACCUUCCGGGUAACAUCCGUGCCUGAUAUCGGGAGCAGCCAAGCGGAUCAGUUCUAG